AUGAAGUGGGCUACGAUGGAGCAGCGGAUAGAACAGCGGAUAGAGCAGCGGAUAGAGCAGCGGAUAGAGCAGCGGAUAGAGCAGCGGAUAGAGCAGCGGAUAGAGCAGCGGAUAGAGCAGCGGAUAGAGCAGCGGAUAGAGCAGCGGAUAGAGCAGCGGAUAGAGCAGCGGAUAGAGCAGCGGAUAGAGCAGCGGAUAGAGCAGCGGAUAGAGCAGCGGAUAGAGCAGCGGAUAGAGCAGCGGAUAGAGCAGCGGAUAGAGCAGCGGAUAGAGCAGCGGAUAGAGCAGCGGAUAGAGCAGCGGAUAGAGCAGCGGAUAGAGCAGCGGAUAGAGCAGCGGAUAGAGCAGCGGAUAGAGCAGCGGAUAGAGCAGCGGAUAGAGCAGCGGAUAGAGCAGCGGAUAGAGCAGCGGAUAGAGCAGCGGAUAGAGCAGCGGAUAGAGCAGCGGAUAGAGCAGCGGAUAGAGCAGCGGAUAGAGCAGCGGAUAGAGCAGCGGAUAGAGCAGUGGAUAGAGCAGCGGAUAGAGCAGCGGAUAGAGCAGCGGAUAGAGCAGCGGAUAGAGCAGCGGAUAGAGCAGCGGAUAGAGCAGCGGAUAGAGCAGUGGAUAGAGCAGCGGAUAGAGCAGCGGAUAGAGCAGUGGAUAGAGCAGCGGAUAGAGCAGCGGAUAGAGCAGCGGAUAGAGCAGCGGAUAGAGCAGCGGAUAGAGCAGCGGAUAGAGCAGCGGAUAGAGCAGCGGAUAGAGCAGCGGAUAGAGCAGCGGAUAGAGCAGCGGAUAGAGCAGCGGAUAGAGCAGCGGAUAGAGCAGCGGAUAGAGCAGCGGAUAGAGCAGCGGAUAGAGCAGCGGAUAGAGCAGUGGAUGGAACUAUUACUUGAGAUAAACCACUUCUAA